CGCGCUGAGCCUCAGGCAACGGACGGCAGCCGCGGUCCUGACGGCAGCCGCGGCCUCGGGCGCAGCGCCCAGCGCACCGCGCCGAACGGCCGUGAGAGCUUGGCGGGGGAUGCGGCAGCGGCCGGCAAUGUUGUCUUACUUGUAGAAACAUCAUGACACACAGCAGCAUCAUGGUGGAUGUAGGCAAAUGGCCAAUAUUUACCUUACUGUCACCUCAAGAAGUAGCAUCUAUUCGGAAAGCAUGUGUGUUUGGUACAUCAGCCAAUGAAGCUAUAUACAUCACACACAACGAUGAGGUAUUUGUUUUUGGACUGAAUUGCAGUAAUUGUUUGGGAACUGGAGAUAAUCAGAGCACAAUAGUACCAAAGAAAUUAGAAGCCUUAUGUGGAAAGAAGAUUUCCAGUCUCAGUUAUGGAAGUGGACCCCAUGUUGUACUUUGCACUGAAGAUGGUGAAGUGUAUGCAUGGGGACAUAAUGGUUACAGCCAGCUUGGGAAUGGCACAACAAAUCAGGGCAUGACUCCUGUCCAAGUUUGCACAAAUAUGUUAAUGAAGAAAGUGGUGGAAGUAGCUUGUGGCUCUCAUCAUUCCAUGGCAUUGUCAUUGGAUGGGGAUCUAUAUGCUUGGGGCUAUAAUAACUGUGGUCAAGUUGGAUCUGGAUCUACAGCAAACCAGCCAACUCCUCGUAAAGUUUCAAAUUGUUUACAGGGUAAAAUGAUAGUUGGCAUUGCUUGUGGUCAGACCUCCUCCAUGGCUGUGGUGAACAACGGCGAGGUUUAUGGCUGGGGUUACAAUGGUAAUGGUCAGCUAGGCCUUGGAAACAACGGUAAUCAGCUAACCCCGUGCAGAGUGGCAGCCUUACAUGGUGUGUGUGUGCUCCAGAUUGCCUGUGGCUAUGCGCACACACUAGCACUAACAGAUGAGGGUUUGCUCUAUGCCUGGGGAGCUAACACUUAUGGGCAGCUGGGAACUGGCAAUAAAAGUAACCAGCUAAGCCCGGUGCAGAUCAUGAUGGAGAAAGAAAGGGUUGUGGAGAUUGCAGCCUGCCACUCGGCUCACACGUCGGCCGCCAAGACGCAGAGCGGGCAGGUGUAUAUGUGGGGCCAGUGCCGGGGCCAGUCCGUCAUCCUUCCCCACCUCACUCACUUUGCCUGCACUGACGACGUCUUUGCUUGCUUUGCUACCCCUGCUGUCAUGUGGCGCCUGCUCUCAGUAGAGCAUGAAGACUUUUUAACAGUAGCAGAGUCUCUGAAGAAAGAGUUUGACAGCCCAGAAACCUCAGACCUAAAGUUCCGUGUGGAUGGAAAGUACAUCCAUGUCCACAAAGCUGUUCUGAAGAUCAGGUGUGAACACUUCAGAACCAUGUUUCAGUCCUACUGGAAUGAGGAUAUGAAGGAAGUGAUAGAAGUAGACCAGUUUUCUUACCCUGUGUAUCGUGCCUUUCUUGAGUACUUGUAUACAGACAGCGUUGACCUUCCGCCUGAAGAUGCGAUAGGGCUUUUGGACUUGGCUACUUCAUACUGUGAAAACAGACUGAAAAAACUGUGUCAACACAUUAUCAAGAGAGGAAUUGCUGUGGAAAAUGCGUUUUCACUGCUCUCUGCUGCUGUCAGAUACGAUGCAGAGGACUUGGAAGAAUUCUGCUUUAAGUUUUGUGUCAAUCAUUUGACAGAAGUGACACAAACCACAGCGUUUUGGCAAAUGGAUGGUCCCCUGCUAAAGGAAUUCAUUGCUAAAGCCAGUAAAUGCGGAGCCUUUAAGAACUGAGCCGAGUCUGUGAGUGACGGUGUCUGCAGGGGCUGCAGGACGGCCGGGCUCUGCGGCUCAAAGCACCACUUCCCUGCUCUCUCGUACCACAAGAUGUGGAAGGCCACAGUGAAAACAAAACAAGAAGGUUCUCUGCUCACAAGUGAACUGCUGUAGAAACAUUUAGCACCCGUGGCUGGUGGAACCCACAAAGCUCUCGACGGAAGGAGGCAGUGGGGCUGUGAGGAAGGAGCCUCCCCUCAGCCUGGCUGUCUGUGCCAGCACUGCCUGGUGACAUUGUACCCCUUGGGGCUGGAGAAUAGUCAGACCUGAGCCAUGGACUGACGUCCCCGAGAGCAUCAGCUCCCUGGGCCGGUAGGGCACAUGGAGCUCUUACUACAGUGGCACAGCUGCCAGCAAAUAGUGUCAGUAACGCAGCAUAGUCAACGCUUAGCAAGGGGGGGCAAAAAUACCCUCUUCCUGAAGCCUAUACAUGUAGCUUUGGAGAAGGGUAACUAACUAGCCAGCCCCAGGGCACGUAAAGCUCUGUUUAAACCUUCAUGAGUUGUAACCUCUGCUCGGUGUAGUCUGUACAAGCAAUAUUUGUAACGGUUAAUGGCAACAGCUCCCUCUUCCGUGACCUCAGAGGUGAUCUGAAAAGGGGGGCUGUUGCAUUUAAGUGUUGUAUAAAUUUAAAUUACACAAAAUAAAAUUCACUUCUUUUUGUA